AUGUCAACCUGGGUCUAUCCUCCCAUACCUCCAGAUGAACUGCGCAAGGCGGAAGAAGACUCUUUGAAGCUCGAGCUCCAGUGGCUGCUGAAGUCUCUCCAACAUUCACUGGGCGCCCUCAAAGAGGGUCUGGAGGAAUGUGCUGCUUUAUUGGCCACAAAGGAGCCUGGUUCGACUCUGGUACUCUCGUCACUACGAUCCGAGAGUGUCAAAGGGUUCGUCACUAGAAUUGGUACGAAGCUUGUCAAAGGAGACAUCCAUCUCCGGCUGACUACACUGCCACCAAAUACUCCUAGAGGAACUACGACGUCCACCCCUUCCACGAGAUUAAUAUUCCACUCUUCAUCCUCAUCUUCAUCUUCCGAUAUCCUCCUUCCUCAAUUACAAGCCGUCCGAUCACGUAUCAACGACUCUCUCGACAUUAUCGAUAUUUCUAGAUGGACUGGUCAGUCAACAGACUCAUCCUUCAUCUCCGGCCAAUUGCGGCUCCUGCAUGACAAUCUUCGUGAAGCCAAGGCAUGUUUGAAAGGACCCGUGACCGGCGCCGAGAACGCUUCAAUACCAGGAGCAGAAUGGUGGUCCAACAGCGCCGACGAGAACAUAUUCCAACCCCCACUGAGUGAAUAUCUCAGCUUACAUUUCACCAUCCAAGAGGCCAACCUAGUUCUCACCGUGAGGACAUUGGCUCCUACAUCUCCUGGUGGCACUCCAAGCACCCCAGGAGAAGGCUCAUUCUCUUUGUCUGGAUUUAAUCUGAGGUCGAAGCUGUUAGGUCUCGGACCAAGACCACCCACUCAUGAUGAGAUGGGAGAAAUCUUUGAAUGGCGUGGCCGAAAAGAUGUCAUUGUCCGCGAGAAAGUACGAGUUGAGACUGGUGAUCCCAGCUUGAUGAGUGUAGCAGCCAAGCUGAGCGCUCUGGAACAUGAGGUUGCUCGAUGGCGCAUGAACCUCACCAUCAUUUUGACGGGAAGUGUUGAAGAAGAUUGA